UGUACAACAAAAGUGGGAGGGAAGGAGAAGAGCAGCCUUAAUAACAUUAAAUGAAUCCUGCUGCUGCUGCUUCCUUGUUGGCAGAAACACCUGUAUCAUUUGCAGCCCGCCCUGCCAUCUAUAUCUCCCUCCCUUCUCAUCAACACUCUCCGUUUUCACUUCAAGCCAUGUCGGAGAUCCCAGGUUGGCUUUCUGCGCUUCUCACUGAGAAAUUCUUCAGCCCCUGCAUAAUUCACCAAGACCAGAAGAAAAACGAGAAGAAUGUUUUUUGCUUUGAUUGCUGUGCCGGCAUUUGCCCCUACUGCUUCUAUAAUCACCGCUCUCACCGCCUCUUGCAGAUAAGGAGAUACAUGUACCAUGAUGUGAUAAGGAUUAGAGAAGCAGAGAAACUGAUGGACUGUGCUCAAGUUCAAUAUUAUAAAACUAACAGUGCAAAAGUAGUGUUCUUGAAUCGGAGGCCGCCAACAAGGCCUAGCAAGGCUUGCAGCAGCUUUUGCAUCAAUUGCCACAAAAAUUUGCAACACUCCUAUCUCUUCUGCUGUCUCUAUUGCAAGAUUCGACAUCUAGAGAGAAAUGGGAGGAAGGUUUCAAUGUGUCUUCGCAAGUGCAAUUUUGCUGAUUUUUGUGAACCGGGUUCGGAAGAUGGGCUAUUGGGUGAACAGCAGCGUGGGCUUCUAAUAACCGAAAUAACGAGGAAGAAAAGGAGCAAUCAUCAUAUCCGGUCUAUGUGCACGCCGGUUUACGCUAUGAACCGGAGGAAGAGCACGCCUCACCGUGCUCCACUCUAUUGA